CGAAAGGAGAGAGGAGAGAAGAGAAGCAGGAGCGGCAGCGCGCGCGCGCACACGCAGAGAGAGAGCUAGGAGAGAUAUAUAUAAUGCACACAGCAUACAGAGGACAGAGAGACAGACCGGGCAGGAUAGGACAAGACAGGGCAAGAAUACUAUAUAAUACACACAGGUCCGGGGCAACAGUUUGGUGGAGGAGAAGCGACAGUAAAGAGAAGAGAAGAGCAGGAAUUUUUAAUUAGAAAUAAAAUAGAAACAGCUGAAAAGUCACGCGAAGGAGCGCGAGCGCGUAGCGGCACCUGGGCAGAAAUAAAAUCCGGAAAUCCUCCAAUACCGGCGCCCGUUUCCUUUUUUUUUUUCUUUUUUUAUAUUAUUGCAUUUUCUUUUUAAUUUCCUCGAGGAAGGAAAAAAGGAAGAGCAGCAGGACAGUCAUGGAUCAGAUAGUGGGGAGAAAAAUCAGCUAGCGCUUUUCAGAUCCUCGAGAAAAGAAGAGAAGAUACAGCGCACCUGAGAAUAGAUCAUGGAUUUCAGUACGAUACGGAACCUUAUCACCCGAUGGUGUGCAGGGGAGGAGAACUGGGUGGACAGCAGGACAGUGUAUAUUGGACAGAAAGUGCCACCCCCUGGCACUGAGGCCUACAUCCCUCAGAGGUUCCCUGACAACAGAAUUGUCUCUUCCAAGUACACUUUUUGGAACUUUAUUCCGAAGAACUUAUUUGAACAGUUUAGAAGAAUUGCAAAUUUCUACUUUCUCAUCAUCUUUCUUGUGCAGUUAAUCAUCGACACUCCCACUAGUCCCAUCACCAGUGGUUUACCACUUUUCUUUGUCAUCACUGUAACUGCCAUUAAACAGGGCUACGAGGACUGGCUCAGACACAAGGCAGACAAUGCCAUCAACCAGUGUCCUGUUCAAGUCGUCCAAAAAGGCAAAGUGGUGCGCAAGCAGAGUCGCAAGCUCCAGGUGGGUGAUGUGGUGCUGGUAAAGGAGGACGAGACGUUCCCUUGUGACCUGAUCCUGCUUUCCACCAGUCGAGACGAUGGCACGUGUUUCGUCACUACGGCCAGCUUGGACGGCGAAUCCAGUCACAAGACCUAUUAUGCAGUUCAGGACACCAAGGCCUUUAAUACAGAGAAGGAGGUGGACCAACUGCAGGCCACUAUAGAAUGUGAACAACCCCAACCAGACCUCUACAAAUUUGUGGGACGCAUCAAUAUUUAUUUGGACCGAGAUGAGCCCAUUGCAAGACCUCUUGGCUCGGAAAACCUGCUGCUCCGAGGGGCCACGUUGAAAAACACAGAGUUCAUAUACGCCGUGGCAAUCUACACUGGCAUGGAGACCAAAAUGGCCCUGAACUACCAGUCCAAAUCCCAGAAACGUUCUGCUGUAGAAAAGUCUAUGAAUGCGUACCUGGUUGUUUAUCUCUGCAUCCUGAUCAGCAAAGCUCUAAUUAACACUCUCCUCAAGUACGUGUGGCAGGCCGACCUGAACCGAGAUGAGCCCUGGUACAACCAAAAAACCGAAACCGAGCGCCAACGUCAUGUAUUAAUACGAGCGUUCACAGACUUUUUGGCUUUCAUGGUCCUCUUUAACUACAUCAUCCCGGUGUCCAUGUAUGUGACUGUGGAAAUGCAGAAGUUCCUGGGCUCUUAUUUUAUCACGUGGGACGACGAGAUGUUCGACGAAGAGCUGGGGGAGGGUGCGCUCGUCAACACGUCCGAUCUUAACGAGGAACUCGGGCAGGUGGAGUACGUCUUCACUGAUAAGACAGGUACUCUGACAGAAAACAACAUGGAGUUUAUCGAGUGCUGCGUAGACGGUCACGUGUACGUCCCGCACGCCGUCUGUAAUGGCCAGAUCAUGUCCGGAGCCGACAGCAUCGACAUGAUCGACUCCUCCCCCUGCGCAGAGAGGAAGGAGCAUGAGGAGCUGUUUUUCCGGGCGCUAUGCUUGUGUCACACAGUGCAGGUGAAGGAGGAAGAGACGGUGGAUGGCAUUAAGAGGGGAAUCCACCAAGGAAAAUCUUCAUCCUUCUACAUCUCCUCCUCUCCUGAUGAGGUGGCACUGGUGGAGGGCAUGAAGAGGCUGGGCUUCACCUACCUGCGGCUGAAGGACAAUCACAUGGAGAUCCUCAACAGGGAGGAAGAGAUCGAGAGGUUUGAAUUGAUUGAGGUGUUAAACUUUGACUCUGUGAGACGGAGGAUGAGUGUUAUCGUCAGAUCCAGCUCAGGGGACUUCUACCUGUUCUGCAAAGGUGCCGACUCAUCCAUUUUCCCCCGAGUCAUCUCAGGGAAAGUGGACCAGGUCCGAGCUCGGGUAGAGCGUAACGCUGUGGAGGGUUUACGUACACUUUGCGUAGCGUACAAGAAGCUGAGUCGGGAAGAGUAUGAGGAAGUGUGUCAUCUCAUAAACAGCGCUAAACUAGCUCUGCAUGAGCGGGACAGGAAACUGGCUGAGGCGUAUGACAUCAUCGAGAGGGAUUUCAUCCUGCUGGGAGCAACAGCUGUGGAGGACAGGCUGCAGGACAAAGCAGCCGACACCAUCGAGUCCCUGCACAAGGCCGGCAUGAAGGUGUGGGUCCUUACAGGUGACAAGAUGGAGACGGCGGCCGCCACAUGUUACGCCAGCAAGCUGUUCCGCAGGAGCACGCAGAUCCUGGAGCUGACUACCAAGAGGACGGAGGAGCAGAGCCUGCACGAUGUGCUGUUCGAGCUGAGCAGGACUGUACUGCGGCAGCACGGAACCAUGAGUCGAGAUACGUUCUCUGGACUGUCUAAUGAGUUCCAGGACUACGGACUGAUCAUUGACGGAGCCACUCUGUCUGCAGUGCUGAAACCGGCGCAGAACGGCAGUACAGGAAACUACAAGGAGAUCUUCCUGGAGAUCUGCAGAAACUGCAGCGCUGUGCUGUGCUGUCGCAUGGCCCCGCUUCAGAAAGCACAGAUCGUUAAACUGAUUAAAACGUCCAAGGAGCAUCCCAUCACUCUGGCCAUCGGAGACGGCGCGAACGAUGUCAGCAUGAUCCUGGAAGCUCAUGUGGGCAUCGGCAUCAUGGGUAAGGAGGGAAGGCAGGCAGCCCGCAACAGUGACUAUGCAAUUCCAAAAUUCAAGCAUCUGAAGAAGAUGCUGCUGGUGCACGGCCAUUACUACUAUAUCAGAAUAUCUGAGCUGGUGCAAUACUUCUUCUACAAGAAUGUGUGCUUCAUCUUUCCCCAAUUUCUCUAUCAGUUCUUCUGUGGCUUCUCCCAGCAGCCACUUUAUGACACGGCAUAUCUCACACUGUACAAUAUCAGCUUUACCUCGCUGCCCAUCCUGCUCUACAGUCUGAUGGAGCAGCACAUAAAUAUGGACAUCCUGAAACGGGAUCCUUCGCUUUACAGAGACAUUGCGAAGAACUCUCUGCUCCAAUGGCCUAUUUUCAUCUACUGGACAUUUCUAGGAGUCUUUGAUGCACUGGUCUUUUUCUUUGGUGCUUUCUUCUUAUUUGACAACACCAGCUUUACCAGCAAUGGACAGCUAAUGGCCACAAACACGCAGAUGAUGUUUGGAAACUGGACAUUUGGAACUCUGGUGUUCACAGUGCUGGUAUUUACAGUCACAUUAAAGCUCGCUCUGGACACACACUACUGGACGUGGAUCAACCAUUUUGUAAUAUGGGGAUCUCUGCUGUUUUAUGUGAUCUUCUCACUUCUCUGGGGUGGCAUCAUAUGGCCCUUCCUGAACUACCAGAGGAUGUAUUACGUCUUCAUGCAGAUGUUGGCCAGUGGGCCCGCGUGGCUCAGUAUCAUUCUGCUCAUCAUGGUCAGUCUGCUGCCCGAUGUGCUUAAGAAAGUGCUGUGGAGAGCGCUGUGGCCCACCACCACUGAGAAAAUACAGAAUGCAGACAAGUUGUAUAAGGGUCAGCUGUCGGAGUUUACCCCUCUGUCCUCUACUCGCACUCCACCUGUCCAAAAACGGGGCGGUGAUGAGGAUCAAAGCCACGUCCAUCACAGGUCUGACUCUUCCCCUCGUAAAAAAGUGAUGUACACUCGCUGGGGGGGUGGCCCCGACUACUGCACUUUCCGCCCUUUCUUCCGAAUCGGGGGCAACCCCAGACUGUCCGGUAUGGCGUACGCCUACGCACCCGGGCGCGAAACUUCCAUCUGAAAUGAAAGUCUAAGCAGCUCGCACGCACUGAUCCCGAAAUUGAAAUUGUUAAAGGCUUGCUAAAGUUUUCCCUCAAAAUACACACUCUGUUCGCCAAGGCAGCACACAGCAUCAAGGCUGCGUGUUGGUUGGUGGUCUGGAGCCAGGCUUAAACGGGCCAGCAGAUCCAUAGGAGUGUUCAAAGUGCUGUGUUCAGGGGCCUUUUUUAAGCCUCGUUUCCCCUGUGUGUGUGUUUGUAUGUGUUUGUGUUUGCUACCCUGAAUCACAAUUCCCAUGUGAAAAAGACUUGAAAUUAACAUCCUGGCACUGAGCAGCUAUAAAACAGCAUACAGCAUUCCCUUCUUCAUGGAAAAAAUCUGAAUGUGGAUAUCUACACACCACUCACUACUUUAUUAGGAGCACUUGUACACCUGCUCAGUCAUGCAGUUUAUCCAAACAGCCAAUCACAUUGGCAAUCACUGGGAAAAGACCAGGUGGGGUGAGUGCUUAUUUGAAUUGCAUAAUUUUCCUGUCGGCUCCAACCAGCCUGGCUAUUCCUUUUUUGUGUUUGUGUGUGUGUGUGUGUGUGUGUGUGUGUGUGUGUGUGUGUGUGUGUGUGUGUGUGUGUGUGUGUGUGUACACACUAGAGACUGUUGCAUCACAUUCAUGCUGAUGUCUGAUGUGAACGUUAACCAAAUCGUUUCAACCGUAUCUGCAUGAUUUGAUGCAUUUCACUGCUGCCGUGCGAUUGGCUGAUUGGAUUAUUGCAGGUGUACAUGUCCGGUGAUUGUGUCUGACAUUUUAACAUGAAGUUGCAUGAUCUGUAUGCAGAUCCUCACUCUUGUUUCUUCCUUUUUCUCUUGAAUUUUCUUCCCUUCCCUUCUUUCAUUUAUUUAUUUAUUUUUUUAGAACAAACCGGUGUUGCUUUUGCGCAACUCUGUUUUUGAGGAACACUCCGUAAAGACGCCGUUAUGUUGAAUUGUAAGUGGCUGAACUUUCAGCCAUUGUUGCAUCUUUACUGUAUUAGAUAGAGCUUGUCUACAAUGCCACCUAUGAGUGUGUUUGUGUGUGUUGAAAACCUGAGACAAGCUAGUACUUGGGUACUGUCAUUUGUACUAUAAUUGCACCGGUAGAGAAGUUUGUUCACUCUUAAUGCUAGAAAAAAAAGUAGUCUAAAAACCAGUGGUCAUGGCUGCUUGGUAGUCUGGUGUAGGUGCUUUGAGAUGUGCUAUAGCUAUUUAUGUUCACAAUUCCCUUCCUCCCAACCCAUUAAUUUAGCUUUUUUAUUUUAGUUCCUAAAGCUUUGCUGACAGAUCAGAUUAUCUACCUUAGCAUCCAUGUUCUUCUGCCUUAAUGCCAUAACAUUUCCAAUGCUUCAUACUGUGGUCCGGACACCAAAGGUUGUAAAAUAAGAGAUAAACGGAGUAAACUAGUGUUUUUCUUGCCUUACACUGUUUUGAGGGGGGCGGCGACCAGGGUGCAUGAAGACGGCAUUAGAUGAAUCCCACCGCACUGCCUUAAGUUUACACGCUGCACCAGCAGAUCGCUAUAUGGUGUAGACGGUUCCCUUUUAGGCUGAUUCCAGAUCAGUUUUUCCUCUAUUACCGUUCUGUCAUUAAUAUAGAUACAGUAUUACAAUAUUUUUGGUAUAGUAUAAAAAUCUGGGCUUGGAUUGGUAAAUGGAAAAGCUGGUUAAAGAUCAGUGUAAAAACAGAGACUUUAUUAUCUUAUUUAUUUAUAUUUUUGUGAGAUUAAUAGCACUAAUGUGCUUCUCAUCACAUCUGCUACAGCCAGCUAAGCCACACAAGACUUCUCAAAAAAUCUUCUUGAAUUUCUUUCUCUUACAGUGACAGCAAGCUACUGUUUGUUUGGCCACUACCUAACAUAUGCGUUUGGCACUGUAAUUCGGAGUUGAGCCCGAGUUUGGAGCCUUGUGUCACUAAGCUAGCUUCAUAUAGUCAUCCUUAAAUGUCUGAUCAUCUCUCAGAGUCUUCGUCUGUUUGUUGAUUGUGUCAUUUAAUCUGAUGGUUCACUGGCAACAUAUCAGAUGGCUCCUGUUCACUAUGUAGCACUUCCCUUUAAUUCAUUUAAAUCAUAGUAGGCAGCCAUUUUGGAUUUUCAAGCAUCCAGCAAACAUAUGAUGAUCUGAUGGAUAAAAUAGUGUGUGUAUGUUAAUAUUUGAACAAUAGUUGAAUAAAGGGUAAUUUUCAGUGGCAGGAUUUGAAUUGAGUAACAACUGAGCAUUACGGUUCUGUUGUCUUUGUAAAACUUUGACACAUACAUAAGGCUUUCAUGACAACUGAUCUAAAACAGAUACAACGGCUAAUUCCAUGUGUCAGGUGUCCGCUUAUAUAAACUUAUAAAGCUUUUGUCAGUUCUGAUGUCGGGUUCACACCUGAAUUGACAUCUGGAAUUCAUGAGAUUUGUUUUGACAUACGCUCUGUUUAAAAGUCAUUCACAGUCAGACAAAUCACUUUGUAGCUCAGUCUACUUCUGCUUAAUAUCACUCCAAAGGCCUGAAGAAAACCUGUAAUGUAAAAGACAUAAUUUUCUCCUGUGCUACAGCAAUGAAUAUAAUACAAUAUAUUUUUAGAGUGAAUGCUACAACGCAGGCAACACAAUACACGGCGACACCAUGUAUGCAUUUUGCACAGAGAUUUUACAUUGUAAUGUCAGAGUACACUGCUGACUUAUCACCUGAAAAUCACUCACAAAAACAAAGUACAGUCCUCUUCCUUUUUUCUCCACAAUAAGAACACACUCAACAUAAUAAAUGUAGAAUGAUUGACAUCUAAGUGGGUGCUACAAGUCAAUAUCUUUAUAUUUUAUGGCCUUUGGAAGCCCCGCCCUCUUUCCCAGCCCGCUCUUACAUCUGGCCUCCAUUCUGCACUUCUCACUUUUGCAUUUAGAUAUUUGUGUUGAAAAUGGUCAAAAUUGAUAUAUUUAUAUUAUAUUAUAUUAUAUUAUAUUAUAUCAUAUAUUAUAUAUUAUAUAUUAUAUUAUAUUAUAUUAUAUUAUAUUAUAUUAUAUUAUAUUAUAUUAUAUUAUAUUAUAAACAUUUAUGCCUUUUAGAUAGACACCCUUAUACAGAACGACUUAAAAACAAAGCUUGGUGGUGCUGGGAUUUAAACUCACGACCUUCUGAUCAGAAAUCCAGUGAGCUGCCACUUUUAAUGUCAGCGUUAUAUAAUAAACAUUCCUUAUGCAUCACUCUUCUUGAUGUUUUAUCGGUCUGACAUAACAGACAGUACACUGAGAUACAAAGUCAGCUGUCAUGACAAACAUAUAUAUUAUAUGGUCAAAAGUAUUGGGACACUUGACGUCUUCAGCUAUAUGUGGUUCUUCCCCAAACUGUUACUACAAAAUUAAAGACACACAAUUGUAUAGGAUAAUUUUGGAUGUGGUAGCAUUAAAUUUUCCCUUGAACUAGGAGAGCCAAUCCUGUUCGUGCAUGACAAUGCCCCUGUGCACAAAGCCAAAUAUUUGAAAUUAUGGUUUAACACAUGGGUUGGAGUAGAAGAUCUUGAGUGGCCUGCUAUAGAGCCCUAACCUCAACCCUAAUGAACACAGACAUCACUCCCUGACUUUACAGAAACCCUUGUGGUUGAAUGAGCACAAAUCUCUACAACCACACUUCAAAAUCUAGUAGAACAUCUUCCAAGAAGGAUGUAGGUUAUUCUAACAGAAAUAAAUAAAAGCAAAAAUCUUGUGGUCGGGUGUCAACAAACAUUUGUCCAUGUUGUAUUUCAACAUCAAAAACAUCGCUUUAUUUUUUCACAAUGAUAAUGCUUGGCAGAAAAUAGGAAGAGAUUGUAUAGAUUUAUGUCCUUUGUCAUGAAGGGUUUAUAUACAGUAGGUGUCAUGUAGCUCAAGGACCACUGCCUUACACUGUACAGUUCUAAUCUAAGAUAUGUAUAGAUGUCACUUCAUUCUUAUAUAUUAAAAUGCUUAGAGAUAAUUCUUGCACAUUUCUCACAUCUCAACACUUUCUAUUGACUCCUUUCCUUUUACAUUCCCUUUUUUUUUUGUCUUUUCUCACAUCCUCAGACGUUGUCGGAAUCACAGCCUCUCAUCUACUUUCUCAACGCACUUUUACUGUCUUUGUGUCCAAAAAUUCUCAUGGCUGUUAAUCAAUCUCUAAGCUUUUAACCGUUACCCAUGACGGAGUUAGAGAACGAGAGAGAUAUAUUAAGAAAGAGAGAAUAUAUUGAUUGCUUAGAAGACCAAUGUUAAGAUAGUUAUCCUAUUAUUAUUAAAAAUCGAAUAUUA